AUGCCGACGCUGCGACUGCUCCAUCAAUAUCCAAAUAUAAUGAAGAAGUUGCAAGUUGACCGUGGUGCAAUAAGAUUUGUCUUGGCUGGUGCAAACAUAAUGUGCCCUGGUCUUACAUCUCCUGGGGGUGCUUUGGAUGAGGAUGUAGGGGCAGAAUGUCCUGUGGCCAUCAUGGCAGAAGGAAAACAGCAUGCUCUCGCUAUUGGCUUUACAAAAAUGUCCGCAAAAGACAUAAAAGCAAUCAAUAAGGGAAUUGGGGUUGACAACUUGCAUUAUCUCAAUGAUGGUCUUUGGAAGAUGGAGCGACUUGAUUGAAGAUGUAACAAGAGCUUCAAUGCCUACAAAUGAUUGACGAGUUCCUGUUUUCUGGACCUUGAUCCAGAUCGUAGGGAUCUUAUGCAAACUUGUUUAUUUGUUUUGUUAUACCGUGUAAACAGUAAAGAAAUGAAUUUUGUUGCAG